AUGGAUCGCUAUGAUUUGGUUACUGGUCAAUCCGUCCGGGGGGCGGUGAUCGCUUAUGCAAGUCACUAUCAUAUGACAGAGGCUUUGCUGCAGUUCAUCUUCCUCGCUGUGUACUUUCCAUUUACCCUCCUGGGGGCCCUUUCCUGCGCCGCUUCUCGAGACCCAUGGGAUCCGUCCCCCAUCUCCGGGGAGCCCAGUGUGGCUUCCUCUCACAGGAGCAGACAGAAGGCUCUGGGGACGCAGACGGGUCUGGGAGAGAGGAGUGGGCUUAAACUUCGCCUGUCAGUGGGUGAAGUUACCGGGACGCGUUUCCCGUUGUGUUGCGUGCGUGCAAAGCAUUUCACGUCCAGUGACCAGAUUAGCAUUCUGCAGCACUUUAGGGACGGCAGCGCUUGCUGCCUCCUGGGCUUCACUUCCCGUCUGAGCUCGGCAGAGGCGGCGCCGGCCGGAGCAGGCCCGUCCCCCGACUCCCUCUGCGGGGCGGAGCGGGAAGCGCAGAGCCGCGGCUCGCGGGAGGUGGACGCCGCGGAGCCCCGCAGGGCGGCAUGCGGCCGGUGGGCUUGUGCCCCGUUUGCGGCGUUUUCCCUGGCUCGUGCGGUGCGGGAGGGUGGUGGACUAGGAAGCGUGGAAGGAGGCGUUUGCAGGAGGCAGCUACCUGACCGAGAUCUGCAUUUCACUGAUUUUCGCCGCACUGUGUUUAAGAGCUCCUCUAGAUCACGGUCAGGUGGUGAGUCCUGUAAAGGACGCCCGCACCUCCACCCUGGGAUUUGCUCUCUGAGCAGACCCGGAGGGAGCAGAGGCGCUUUGUGGGGAGUCACCUUGGACCCGCUGUGCUGCCGCUGUGUCUGCGGCCUCUUCAGCCGCUUGUCCGAGACUGGCCAGUUACAGCGCAGGAGGAGCUGCCCAGGCGCUUAAGCAAAGGCGGCGCGAAGCCCCUCUCGCCAGCUUCCUCGGAUGAAUCACUCCGUGAAGGGCCUAAUCUGUCUCCGUAUUGUCCCGUGGGGAACGGGUCACAUUAUUUAAGUGUAGCUCCUGAGAGCUUGGCAGGUCUUUUCAAACAAAUGCUGAUGGAUGCCCUGUAGUCCCUCCCACGCUAACGGAUUUCUUUAUGCUUCUUUGUACAUAGACACUUAACCUGUGUUUAGGGGGCCUCUUUUAUUACCAGAGAUAAAGUUAGAAAGAGUUUAAUCUGCGCUGUUUAUGUGGUGUGCUCCUCCUCGGUUUGCGCGCCCAGCCUCCCUCUCGGCCUUCACCCCGUUUCUUGCGUCCCUCCUGGCCUGUUGGUGGGUGGUAAGAAAAUACCCACGGCUGAAUGCGAGCAGUUAGUGUCACAGCCAUUUUCAGUGGGUUUUAAAACCUAGUUUUGCGAACACCAGUUGGCAAGCCCUGGAGUGUUUCUGUUGAUUAUAUAACUACAUGUUUAUGGCCUGUGGUCCCCCCCAUAAC